AGCGCGCCCAUCACAACUCGUUCCGACUUCGCGCGACUCACUACGCACUCUGAAACUCUCCACUGUGACUUUACACUUGAAAAUCGUGAACAUGAAACUACUUUUACUUCUCGUGGCUCUGUGCUCCGUCGCUGCGGCCAUGGUACCUAGACAAAGGAGGGCGAUGGAAGACAACCAAAGCCCGGCCGUCCAGAAGCCGAUAUGCGAGCCGAAGACCCCUUGCGGCUGGAUCUUCUACAAGGAGAACAUUGAGUUCUUACACGAGAGAUGGGAGAGGACUAAUGACUAUUGUAUAUGCGCCACGACUUUGACGUGUCAAGAAGACGAGAACGAUUCUACGGGCAAAGCCAUCAUCAAGAGGUGCAAAGUGCCAGCACCUCCUGCCCAAGAAAGCUAGCGGGCUGCGCCGCAACAUUUCAAGCUGUUUAUUGACGACUAAGCAUCCGUCCCUGUUUAAGAACCUAUCUGUGUCAUCUGGUUAUUGACAACGGCGAUUGGUGCAACUACAGGGGGCCUAACGCGAACACACAUCUCCCAUUUUUACUCCAAUUAAAUCAUAAAAGGAAAGGCAGAGAAAAAAGCCUCUAAUUUGAGAACUACGUUCGCGGUAGACCCUCUUUAUGUGCAAGUUGCGCAAUGUUUCCAAAAUGUAGGAGUUUUCACGCAGAAAAGAUUUUUAUCAGACCUUAAAACAGCUGCUUACGUCGGAUAUAAACACUAAUUUUACUUAUCAGUACAGAUGCUAUCAAAGCAUCAUAUUUUAGCUAUAAGACAAAUACGAGUACGUCAGGAAACUAUCCAAGCUUAUUGAUACUCGAGCACAUAAUAUUAAAGGCAAACUAAAAAAAUAAGACACGAAUUUUUGAUUGAUUACAAGUAUCUUCUAUUUUUAGCAAAGGCCACUGUUGCCACGUUGACGUAUUUGCCAUAUUUUU